GAGAACAGAUGGAAACAGUCGAUUUUCCACGACAAAUAAAUUAUUCUAUAUUGCUGAGUAGUUUCCCGUGUGGUGGCUUUGUUGUUAUUUGAAGACUUUGUAUUUGCUUAUGGGACAUCCUAGGCCUGAAGCUUUUCGGCAUUUGGGACUUUGAUCUUACUUGUUUGUGUAGUUUCGAGUGAGGAGACCAGUACGUGUCGGUUACUUUUAGUUUCACUAUGCUGUACUUUGAAAUAUGAUAUGAUUUCCUUAUUGUUCCUUGUUGCCAAACGCGAUGACAGCUCAUCAGAAGGAUAAUCGUUUUAAUAAAUGAAUUUCUCCAGGUCAGGUGUGUCCGGAAAUGGCUCUGCGGUUACUUGUAAUGUGCCAGCUAAUCACAUGUGGAUUGUCUAGAUGUACAGGAAAAUUAUUGAAGUUGGAAAGUAAUAAACACAUUUCAGAUAAUGUUUUCAUCAGUGAAGAUGAAGCAAGCAAAUUCUUAGGACGUCACCUGUUACUCAACCAUUUUGACUUUGAAAUAUUUACUCCUGGGAAUUUGGAAAGGGAGUGUUAUGAAGAAGUGUGCAACUAUGAGGAGGCAAGAGAAGUGUUUGAAAAUGUUGCUCUAACAAACGUUUUUUGGCAAGAGUACACCGCAAACGGAUAUGCCAAACCAGAUGAUCAGCAGUCUCAGAAGAUAGAUGUGGUGGCUCUCCUCACUGGCCUCGUUGCUGCCGGAGUGUCCUUAGUUUUCAUUGGGCUAUUAAGCUGGUAUUUUUGCCGUAAAAGAUGUAAAGGCCACAGCGGAUCAGGUUCUUCAGUAAUUCGUGUGAGGCGAAGCAAUGCAUCCCUUGUUGCCAGAUUAGAAGAAGUGUCUCUCACACCUGUACACCCAGCAGCAGAGGGACCAGGACUUCCUUCAUAUGCGCAGGCAAUUGCAAGAUCCGGACAACAUGAUGCACCCCCACCUCCUUAUCCAGGAUCUCGAUCAGGAACAAUGCAAAGAUAGCAAGGAAAGAACUCCUCCUCGGUUGGGUGCUUUGUGUCAUUUUUAAAUAAUUGUUUUAGGUUUUAAUACAAUUUGCAUGUGUGUUUUCGGCACGUCAGAAUUGUAUUAUUUAAAACACUUGAGAGAAUUUACUCCAAAGUGUAAUUUUAAAACACCCAGUAAUAGAACAAGAAAUAAAAAAAAAUUAAAUACAGAGGACCCCUUAACGAAUUUCCAUUGUUGUUUAUUCCAAGUUUAGUAAAUUCAAAGGGUGUCAUUGAAACUGGAGUAAGUUGUGAAUUUCAAGCUUUAAGUCCCAGAACACUACAUGCUAUGCAUUGUUGCAAAUUUCCUUUUAAAUGUUUUUGCAUUUGAUUUUUUCCCCACAUUAAUCAGCUGGUGUAUUGUUCCCACAGCAACUGUUUUCAAGAACGGUUUAUUGCUCCAGUUUUCUUUGAGAGUUUACGGUUCCUCUCAACCACUGGACGUGAAAUCCUUAUUGGUAAUAAUCCUAUGCAUAAACUGUAAACACUAGUAUGAAACUUAUAUUGCAAAUUGAUAAUUAUGUUGAAGCCAAUCUAAGAUCCCAGAUCAAUAUUAGAUUUCAUCUGAUAAUGACAGUCAGUCCUUUGCAACACACAGGGUGCACUGUAGGGUUCAGCAGUAGAUGUACAGAACUCAUUAAUAGACCCUGUGUAACUUUAAAGUUAAAUAUUGAAUCUCUGUUUAGACAAACAUAUAAUCAUGGCAGGUGAGACAGGAUCUUGAGAAGGCUUGGUCUUAUGAAGUUGCAGUUCCUGAACCAGUUUUCAAAAUACGUUUUGUUUGCUGUAGAUUUUGGUAAUAACAUUUGAACUUCAGAGCUUCCUAUAUACUGAAGCUCAUCUGCUAUAAGUAAUUUAUAUUUAUGUAAAAUAAUUGUCUUGAAUUAUUUAUAAUGCUUAUGUAAUUUUUUAAUGAGAAGCAAAUAAAAAAAAAAAAAACACAGCCAAACAAGUUGUGAUAGUCCUAUAUAUAGCAGACAUGUUCAUGAACAAUUUAUGUGGCACAGAAAAAAUAAAAAGUUUGGUAAUAUGGUAAUUUGCUCAUUUUAGUUUAGGCAUCAAUGAGAUAUGAAGGACAGGGGAUUUCUAAACCAAGCACAGAAGUUAGGAAAUGGAAAACCUAAAUAUGGUAUAGAGAUUUGAAAAAAAGAGAAUUCACCUUGAGAUUUUUACCCUGCGGUAAAAAGCAUUUAGUCAGUCAUAUUUUGUUAAGAUCUUGUUCUAGCAGAAAAGCAGUUUAUGGGGGAAAAAAAAUGCUGCUUGUUCCUAAGGCUAUUUUCUUUGUUUGACAAUGAUGAAAGACAUGCAAAGUCACCUGUUACUACUUACCUACAGGAUAACCUGCAGAAAAAUGUGAUGCACUCACAGACUGAAUUAAUAUUUAUUUAUUAAAAAUAUCUAUGACCUACUUGUGUGUUUUAACAAAUGUAUGCACACACAACUGGUGAGACCAAAGGUCUUACUGGUCCUUGUCAUGUUGAUUUUUCACGUUAUGCCUUUCCUGUUUUGAGGCUGUUUGUUUAAUACUGCAAACAGAACAAACCCUGUUUUUACCUUCCUUUUCAGCAGCAACACCACUAGGAGGUGUUUAAAAGUAACAUACUCCAUUUGGUCUGAGUUAAUCAUUUACCGCUGUACAUAAGAGCCUUCCCCUGUGCACGCUACUAUAUAUAUUAUAU